ACUUUUUAAACUUGGUGGUAGGAUAAUCUAAAUAUAUAAAUGUAAUAUUAAAAAUCUCUUCUCACGAUGGUGAAAUUAAACGUGUCUGUUUUACGGUACUUGUCAUCUGAAGAUUUCAGAGUUUUAACUGCGGUUGAAAUGGGAAUGAAAAAUCAUGAAGUUGUUCCCACAUCCUUGCUGGCUUCAAUUGCAAAUCUCAAACAUGGCGGAUGUCAUAAAAUUACCAGAGAAUUGGUGAAACACAAACUUCUUGCCUACGAGAAGGGAAAAUCAUAUGAAGGCUACAGACUCACAUUUAGUGGAUAUGAUUACCUAGCAUUAAAAGCUCUCACAAACAGAGACAGUAUUCAUUCUGUCGGAAAUCAAAUUGGUGUUGGAAAAGAAUCUGAUAUUUAUAUUGUUGCCAAUGAAGAUGGAAAACAGUUUGCCUUAAAAUUACAUCGAUUAGGCAGAACAUCAUUUAGAAAAUUAAAAGAAAAAAGAGAUUAUUUAAAGCAUCGCAAAAACUAUUCAUGGCUUUAUUUGUCAAGGCUAGCAGCUAUAAAAGAAUUUUCAUACAUGAAGGCACUUUUUGACAAUGGUUAUCCAGUUCCGAAGCCAAUUGAUUUUAAUCGUCAUUGUGUGGUAAUGGAAUUAAUUGAUGGUAGUCCCUUAUGCCACGUGCAAAACCUGGAUGACCCUGGUACAAUUUUCAAUGAAUUAAUGGAGCUCAUAUGUGAACUGGGAAGUUAUGGUCUUAUUCAUUGUGAUUUUAAUGAAUUUAAUAUUAUGAUUAACGAUACUGGAAAAAUCACCGUCAUUGAUUUCCCUCAAAUGGUAUCCAUUUCUCAUAUGAAUGCUGAAUGGUAUUUUGAUCGUGAUGUCAAAUGUAUUCGAACAUUUUUCCAGCGAAAAUUUGACUAUGAAAGUGAACUGUUCCCCAAAUUUAGUGAUGUCAGACGCUUGCAUUACUUAGAUGUUGAUAUAGCAGUGAGUGGAUUUACAAAGGAACAAAAAGAUGAACUUAAAGAAUCUGUAGACCAGUUUGAAACACUGUGUGAGAUAGCAGAAAAUACAGAGGAAAGGGGUGAUGAAAGUGAGUCUUUGGAAUAUGAAGAUGUCAAACAACAUUGUCACCAAAAUAAGGGGGAAAUGUCAGCAGAGGAUUUAAACAGUGAAGAGGCUAGCAAUGAUAGACAUCCUGAGCCAGAAGAGACAGAAGAUUGUAUCUCCAGUGGUGGAUCUGAUCUUGAAGAUCUUAGUGAACAAAAUCAUGGAUUCAGACCUUACAGAGAUGAACAGCCGAUUGAUUCUGUGAGCAUGGAGUCAAAAAUAAAUAGACCCAUGGAAAGAAACAUGAUAAAUCCUGAAACAAUUGAAGAAAGUGAAGCAAUCUAUUGCAAAAAACAGCAAAAGCACGAAGGACUAAACGAGGUGAAGCAGGUUUAGUUACUUCCAAGAGUAGAAAUCAACACAGUGUCAUAAAACAAGACAUAGAUGGUUUUUGGUAGGAUUAUUCAUCAAAAUGCUGAAAUUUCCUUUUGUGUUACUAUAUAUGUAUAUUAUGUACAGUUAUAUUCCAUCAGUUAGAAAUGUUCAUAACAUUUUUAGUUAGAAAUGUUCAUAACAUUUUACCUAUUAUUAUAAAGCAUACAGUCAAAACACUGCAGAUUCAAGAAUGAAUAGUCUGUCUUGUUCAUUCUGCAAAAAAGAAUACUAGUAUCAAUUCAAAUAUUUUUACAACUCA